GGACUUCUCUCUCUCUUGCUUAUCCCUCUCUCUCUCUUGCUCUCUUCCUCUGAGUAGAAGAAAAAAAAAGAGAGAAAAAAAUGGGCUCUCAGUUUCAACGUCGGACAACGCUGUGUCUGGGUGUUCUGCUCGUAAUGGUCUCCGGAACAAUGGGAGCUGCGCCGAAGAAGCCAGUGGAUGUGCCAUUUGGCAGAAACUAUCUGCCCACAUGGGCUUUUGAUCAUAUUAAGUACUACAAUGGAGGCUCAAAUAUUGACCUCGUCUUGGACAAAUACACUGGUACUGGUUUCCAAUCCAAAGGCUCAUACUUGUUCGGCCACUUCAGUAUGCAAAUAAAGCUGGUCCCCGGUGACUCCGCCGGCACAGUCACUGCCUUCUACCUAUCUUCUCAAAACUCGGAGCAUGAUGAAAUAGAUUUCGAGUUCUUGGGGAACAGGACAGGGCAGCCCUACAUUUUGCAGACAAAUGUGUUUACCGGAGGAAAAGGAGACAGAGAACAGAGGAUUUAUCUUUGGUUUGAUCCCACCAAAGCUUUCCACUCUUACUCUGUACUCUGGAACCUCUAUAUGAUUGUAUUCUUUGUGGACGAUGUGCCAAUCAGGGUGUUCAAGAACUGCAAAGACUUGGGGGUGAAAUUCCCAUUCAAUCAGCCGAUGAAGAUAUACUCGAGCCUUUGGAACGCCGACGAUUGGGCCACGAGAGGUGGGCUUGAGAAGACGGACUGGUCUAAGGCCCCAUUCAUCGCCUCCUACAAGAGCUUCCACGUCGACGGCUGUGAAUCGUCGGUCAACGCCAAGUACUGUGCAACCCAAGGCAAGAGGUGGUGGGACCAGAAGGAAUUCCAAGAUCUGGACGGCUAUCAAUGGAGGAGGCUCAGGUGGGUCCGCGAAAGAUGGACCAUCUACAACUACUGCACUGAUCGUGUUAGAUACCCCAGCAUUUCCCCGGAGUGCAGGCGUGACCGUGACAUCUAAUUUCCAAAACCACCUCAUCACAUCUUCUUAAUUACCAUAUUAAUUGUUUUUUAUGAGCUCUUUGGCCUCUCAACUAAAAGAAAAUUUCAUUUUCACCCCAAAAAUCAAUCAACCAUUACCAAACCAACCCUUCAUCAUUUAUUAAAGUUGAGGCCGAUUCAGAGCGAGUGGUUUAAUUCAUGGUUUAAUUCCUUUCUUGCAUUGCUGUCCUGAUUGCCAAUAUUCAUUUUCUUCUUUCUUUUGAUGGAGUCAUUAUUAUUAUGAAAUAUGCACCACUCUGCUCCUCUACAGUGGCUUUGUAUUUGUCCAAAGUGUUGCUUAUAAUAAUAAUAAUAUAUGCAGUUUUACCGUUGUUGUUUCUAUUAUUGAUGGUGGUCAUGUAAUUCUCAAAUCAUAUAUUUAUAAAAGUUAGUUAACCGUUUAUGUA